CUUUGAUCACGUGCACGUACGGCCACGUGACCGUGGGCCGGGGGUGGAGAACUGUGGACGCGGUGGGGCUGAGGGAAAGGGGUGGGGGCAAGAUGGCGGCGCACCUGUCCUACGGACGAGUGAACCUGAACGUGCUGCGCGAGGCAGUGCGUCGCGAGCUGCGCGAGUUCCUGGACAAGUGCGCGGGAAGCAAGGCAAUAGUUUGGGAUGAGUACCUAACAGGACCCUUUGGUCUGAUUGCACAGUAUUCACUACUGAAGGAACAUGAAGUGGAAAAAAUGUUUACACUUAAAGGAAGUCGUUUGCCAGCAGCAGAUGUCAAGAAUAUUAUAUUUUUUGUCAGACCCAGGCUAGAAUUGAUGGAUAUAAUUGCUGAAAAUGUGCUCAGUGAAGACAGACGUGGCCCAGUGAGAGAUUUCCACAUUUUGUUUGUGCCCCGUCGUAGCUUGCUGUGUGAACAGCGGUUGAAGGACCUUGGUGUUUUGGGAUCCUUUAUCCACAGAGAGGAGUACAGUUUAGAUCUCAUUCCAUUUGAUGGAGAUCUCUUGUCCAUGGAAUCAGAGGGUGCAUUCAAAGAGUGCUACCUAGAGGGUGACCAGACAAGCCUGUAUCAUGCUGCGAAGGGACUGAUGACCCUGCAAGCUCUAUAUGGAACAAUCCCCCAGAUCUUUGGGAAAGGAGAGUGUGCUCGGCAAGUUGCCAAUAUGAUGAUCAGGAUGAAGAGAGAGUUUACAGGAAGCCAAAAUUCAAUAUUUCCUGUUUUUGACAACCUCUUAUUGCUUGAUCGAAAUGUGGAUUUAUUAACACCUCUUGCCACUCAACUUACAUAUGAAGGACUCAUUGAUGAAAUCUAUGGCAUUCAGAACAGUUAUGUGAAAUUACCCCCAGAGAAAUUUGCACCUAAGAAGCAGGGUGAUGGUGGGAAGGACCUCCCCACAGAAGCAAAGAAGCUGCAGCUGAAUUCUGCAGAGGAGCUCUAUGCUGAGAUCCGAGAUAAGAAUUUCAAUGCGGUGGGCUCUGUGCUCAGCAAGAAGGCAAAGAUCAUCUCUGCUGCCUUCGAGGAAAGGCACAACGCCAAGACCGUGGGGGAAAUUAAGCAGUUUGUUUCCCAGUUGCCCCACAUGCAGGCAGCAAGGGGCUCACUUGCAAAUCAUACCUCGAUUGCAGAGUUGAUCAAAGACGUCACUACUUCCGAAGACUUCUUUGAUAAAUUAACAGUGGAACAAGAGUUUAUGUCUGGAAUAGACACUGACAAGGUCAACAAUUACAUAGAGGAUUGCAUUGCCCAAAAGCAUCCACUGACCAAGGUCUUAAGGCUGCUCUGCCUCCAGUCAGUGUGCAAUAGUGGACUCAAACAAAAAGUCUUGGAUUAUUACAAAAGAGAAAUUCUCCAGACCUAUGGCUAUGAGCACAUACUGACCUUGUACAACCUAGAGAAAGCCGGCCUGCUAAAGCCACAGACAGGGGGCAGAAACAACUACCCAACAAUUCGGAAAACAUUACGCCUCUGGAUGGAUGAUGUUAACGAACAAAAUCCUACAGACAUAUCCUAUGUGUACAGUGGUUAUGCCCCCCUCAGUGUGCGACUGGCUCAGCUGCUUUCCAGGCCUGGCUGGCGGAGUAUUGAGGAGGUUCUUCGUAUCCUCCCAGGCCCCCACUUUGAAGAACGGCAGCCACUGCCCACGGGACUUCAAAAAAAACGUCAACCAGGAGAAAACCGAGUUACUCUGAUAUUUUUCCUCGGGGGUGUAACCUUUGCUGAAAUUGCUGCCCUAAGGUUUCUCUCCCAGUUGGAAGAUGGAGGUACAGAGUAUGUAAUUGCCACCACUAAACUAAUGAAUGGAACUAGCUGGAUAGAGGCUCUAAUGGAGAAACCUUUCUAGGGUGUUCAAAGGAGACUUCAAAAGUGCACUACAGAAUAAGCUGCCUUUUGAACAAGUUGCUGAAAGGAAGUGAACCCACAGUAGAAACAGGAAUACAGAAGUUACUUUGUGUUUUGCUUCUUAUACUAUUUUUUGUUCCUUUUCUCCUUUCUGCUCCUCUGUGUUCAUAAUUUCUUGAAGAAAGAAGAAGGAAAUUAACCUGGGUAAAAGAGACUUUGGUUUUGAAUUUUCUAAGUUCAGUAUCUUCAUUAUAGGACUCUGGAAAUGCAGUAAAGAUGGUGGGACUGGAUAAUCCAUAUAGCUACACAAAUGGGGACAGCUCUUAAAAUAAGAACACAGACACUGUGGAGGUAAACAUGAAAAUAGAAGGGGAAGUCCAACUUCUAGUCUACAGUUUUAUAUUUUUAGGAAACGCAUCAGGCCUAGGAUAGUGGUUAUGUCUUGAGGGCUAGAGCUUAAUGUUGUCCUUAGUGAUUUUUUUUUCCUGUAGAGGAAUGGCACAUUAUAAUUGUGUUUUCAAUUUCUAUCUUAUUCCUAAGGCAAGUUUUGUUUCCUUCUUAAAAAUCAAGAGAUUUUAGGGAGCUUCUUGCCCCAAAACACAAAAUUUAUACUUUCUCUGAUCAGCUACAUCUGUGUAGGUUCCAUACUUAUCAAGGGCUUUCUAUUUCUACACUGAAAAAUAUAAUAAUUGGGGAACAGUUUCCAGAGAAUUUAACCACUCCAGGACUCUCCAAGACACUUCAAUGGUAGAUGCCUCUGUUGAGGUUUUGGUUUUCUUUCCUGUCCUUCAUGGGCCCAACAUCUAGUUGGUCCCACCGUGAGCAGUGGUGACUCUUGCUUCAUCAGCAUACUGAACCUCCACCCCUGUUACCAACUACUCUGUGCACUUCUGUAGCUCUCAGUGGCCACUUUCAUCCAUUUUGCUUGAAAAUAUCCAGUUUGGUUACAGUCCUUGAUCUGGUGACCUCAGCUGCCCCUGGUUGAUUUCAUUGAUGAGAUCUGGUGACCUCAGCUGCCACUAUUCCUACUGAGGACUGUUAGCUGUGCUGGAGAGUAGGGAUGUGAGUGGAGAAGUUCGAAGUUCAUAUGUGAUCCCUGCCUCUCUUCUGCUAAUCCCAGCAUCUGGGGGAGUUAAGGGUACCAUGCAGGGGACCAAGUUGGUGGCUUUUCUGCCAUUGCCCAAGUUUCCAGCAAAAUUACUUGGUCAACCAGGAGAAAACCAACCUGAGGAGCUUUGCCAGAUUCCAUCCCUGGUGUGGUUUCUAUCAUUAAUUAUUAAUCACAUAGGUUCUUCCCUUACCUUUUUCAGUAGUAGGAUUCUGAUGAGUACGGUGCAUGUUACGCGUAAAAGAAAAUCUGUAUUUAAAAAAAAAUUAGUAAAAUAACGAAGGGUGCCAGAGGUGAUGUUUAAAAGAUUUGUUUCUCAUGGAAUUAAUCUGGCCUUGACAUUCAUUAUUUGGAAACAGAAAACCAUUCUUGUUUUAGAAAAUCCUUUUUCAAAUCCUUGUUAUUCCAGGGAGAUUAGUUUAUACUUUGGAGCCCUAACAGUUGUCCAAGACUCAGCUCCUUUAGAGAAUGAAAUCUACCUUGUCCCUCCAUGGUUUUGGUUCAUGAGAUUCAAUUCAGGUCUGGUCGAGUCUCCUUGGCUGGGGGUUCUGUUCUGUGAACAGACACUCAGUUGUAAUCUCAUGUGUCUGCAUUCACUUGUGACUGCAUUUGCUUACUCAGAGAAUAGCUAGGUCAGCAUCUAAAAAUGCAUUCAACAUUGAUGAGACAUCAAUUAUUUCAUUUGUAUGCAAAGAAAAAGUGGUGGAUAAUUACAUAUUAUAUGUGUUUAUGGACAUUUAUUUAAUACUUGAAAUUGUCUGAGAAAGGAUAUGUGAAUGGCACAUUUAUUCUCAGAGAAGCAGAUUAUUUACAUCGGGUCUGGAUUUUUGUCUAUUGGAUAGACAGUGUCCCUUUAAUAAAGAAGUCUACAUGGAUAACCA